AUGUACAAACUGUUGCGAUACGGCCGAUGGAAUAAUCUAAAUCAAAUCCAAAGAGUAAUCAAACGAGAUUUUACUAAUACAAGUGUAUUACUUAAAAAUGAACCGACAGAAGACGAAGGCCCCAUUAAGUACUCGCAAAGUCCCGCGGUAAAAUACAAAGCGAAAGAUUCUCGAAUCGGCGACUCGGAUAACCGUUUGUGGUAUGAACCCUACGUCAUCAUAGCCAGUUUAUCUGCAUUCUUGAUAUACUUCACCGUGUUGAGGGAGGAAAACGACAUCGAUGUCGAUCUAUCCAGGAGCCUCUACAGUCGCAUCGACGGCAUGGAAGAGUUCCAGUUGAGGCAAUUACUACAGUACAACCUUAAAAACGGAAUAGAAACCGACAGCAUCACUCGAAGGCUGAAACAACUCGAAGAUGAAAAGAAGGCUUCGGACGAACCUUGA